AUGUCUUUUACUACCACGACCAGCGCGCCCAUGCUCAAGGUCAAUGUCGCCGAUUGGGACAGGACUGCAAAGUCAUAUGCCCAAACUGGCUCGAGAGGUCCAAUGAGCAUUCCCAUUCAAGGCUUGGUCGGUCUGCUCAACAAAUUGGAGCCCUUGGAUUCAGCAUCUGCCAUUCUGGAUGUUGGCUGUGGCUCUGGUGGCGUUAUCUCUCACAUCAUCGACACGUACUCUGCGAACAUGCAAUCUACCACUCAGCUACUCUCGACCGACUUUAGUAGUGUAAUGGUGUCUUUGGUUACUCAAUUGCGCAAGACAAAGCUCGCCGAACUCCCUGCUGGCCGCGAGCGAGACUUGUGGUCGCAAGUAACGCCUUUGAUACUGGAUGCCACUGAUAUGCGACCUUUACCCAACGACUUGAUCUCACACAUCAUUGCUAGCUUUGUCUUCUUCAUGACCGCAGAUCCUGCCAAAGCACUCGCUGAGUCCUAUCGUGUGCUGAGGUCCGGCGGCGUUCUGGCAUGCUCUUCAUGGCACAAGAUGAUGUGGAUGGAAAAUCUGGUCCUCGCUACCGAACGCGCUCUUACUCCUCUCAACAAGGCGAUUCCUGUCAUGCCACAGUUUCCCACCAAAUGGAGCACUGCAGGAGGGGUGAAAGAGCAAUUGGCAAACGCAGGGUUCAGAGAUAUUCAGACCGAGUACAUUGAAGCUCCUAUCAUCAUUCCCGAUGUCGAGGCUUGGUCACGCUCCUUUAUCGCGAGUGGAAAUCCUGCUGUUACUUGGAUCACGGAUGUUUUGGACGCCGCUGAGGUGGAGCAAGUGGAGAAGCAGCUUGUACAGGCCAUCAAGGAGAAAUGUGAGGUUAAUGAGCAAGGUGCUUAUAUUCUUUCUGGUACUGCUGUCCUGGCUGCUGGUCGUAAGUAG